AUGCCAUCACGCCGGUCUCAUACAAAUUCACACCAUGGCUGUCUGCAAUGCAAAAGGAGACGGGUCAAGUGUGAUCAAACUCAGCCAGAGUGUGCCAGAUGCAGCAAGAAGGGCCAGGAGUGCAAUUACCAACACUUGAUGUCUGUCUACGACCCCUUCCACCAAUAUAAUGCGCCUGCCCGACAGCCAGGGGCAGCUCCAUCGCCGCCCAGGCAGUUGGCGCCAACGUCAGGAGUUCAGAGGCAGUCCGCCAUCUCGAAUGCAUCAGCGCCAUUUCUGCUACCAGAUUCCCUUUCAUCAACUACUGGUGAAUCAGCCUGGAAACACCCCUGCUUUGGCAUGGCCCCUUCAAUAUCUCCUACUGGUCUCCACGAGUACGAUUCGUCGACUCAACAACUCCUACAUCACUACAUAAACCAUGUCUCAUCCAGCUUCAUAUCUUCAGCACCCCACGUCGAGUUGCUCAUUUCCUUCCAGUCAGUCAUAAACCGUCACUCUCUAUCACAGCCCUACGUCCACCACGCGUUACUAUCAUUCUCGGCGCUUCACCUCGCCUCACUAUCAACAUCUUCCAACGCCUCAACUUCCCCCUCCAACUCACCACACCUCAUCACUGCCCUGGCUCAUAAAGCCUCAGCUCUCGAAUCCUUCCGACCCAUUAUCGAGUCCGUAACAACAGUGACCUGUGAACCAGCCCUUGCAGCAUCCGGUCUACUCAUUGCUUGCGCCUUCGGAUUACCACUAGCAGGCGUCCUUUCUGACCCCAUCGACCUCCUAGCCCAAAUCACCUCGUUGUUCCAGGGAACAGUGGCGCUCUACCGUCUAUGCUUGCGGGAUACAAACCCCCUGGAUAACAGCACCUCACCCAAACUCGGACAGUCCGUGCUAGCCGCGAUGGCCUGCGAAGCGCCUUGGGAAGAAGCUGAAGCAGCUAUUGAUAAAGCCAUCCAUGUUAUAUCGCAGCUAGACGAUGAAGAUGAGCUCCAAAUGGGGAGACGAGACGACCUCCUUGACGCUGCACGGAAACUCAAAAGGUCGCUUCGGAGGAUAGCCGUGGCGCGGGGUGUAUAUACCCUGUCGUGCAUGUGGUUCGGCAUGGUGUCACCCGCAUACGUCGAGAGGGUCAAGCAGCGCGAUCCGCUUGCGCUCGUGCUGUUGGCUGACUGGACGAGUGGGCUCCGGAAGGUGAAGCAUGUAUGGUGGAUUCAAGGAUGCGCUCAGCGUACCGUCGAAGCUAUCUGGUUUGAGAUUGGAGGCCAGUACCCGGAGUUGUUGGCUUGGGCUGUUGAGGAGGCGAAGAGCGAUCUGUGA